AUGAAAAAAGCACAAAAACUAACGAAUAUUGAUAAACUAACACGUGUUAAAUGUGCAAAAAGAUUAAGAAAAAAAUUUGGUGUUAGAAAAAAUUGUAAUAAACGGAAAUGGAAUCGUGUUAUAAAUUGUGAUUUCUCACGUUUAUUUACCCUUCAAAGUUUUCAUAAUAAAAAAAACAAUGCUGUGUGUGCUGCAGAAGGUGAAGAAUUUGAACCUGAUUUGAUUCAUGCAGAAACAGAUAAAUUUCAAAAAGGUAUAAUAUUUUGGGGUGCAAUAUCAGCAUAA